GCUCUUUGUUCACUCUGACACGGGACAGUCACUUCCUUCUCAGCUAGAAUAUUUUUAUCUGGAACCAUUGCCGGUUCGAGAUGAGCCCACCCCUGAACGUCUGGGUUUCACUGUCUCACUCUGUGUAGACUGUGUAUAUCCACAAGGUUCCGGCAAGGGCUCGCAGGUGCACCAGCUCUUUCUGGUUGUGUUUGUGAGGAAGGGGGUGGCUUCAGAGCCCACGACGGGCGGUGCUCAGAGACUUACACGUACGUACUUGAAAAAUUACUGGACAGACAGUAGUUUUUAAGAGGACAGAGCUGCUUAGUCCCAGCCAUGAGGAAAAUCAGUGAGUAUUUGGUCGCUUAGGGCAUGGAGCUGGAGAACUAUGAGCAACCGGUGGUUCUAAGAGAGGACAACCUCCGCCGGCGCCGGAGGAUGAAGCCACGCAGUGCAGCAGGCAGCCUGUCCUCCAUGGAGCUCAUCCCCAUCGAGUUCGUGCUGCCCACCAGCCAGCGCAUCAGCAAAACUCCAGAAAUAGCACUGCUGCAUGUGGCUGGCCAUGGCAACGUGGAGCAAAUGAAAGCCCAGGUCUGGCUGCGCGCACUGGAGACCAGCGUGGCCGCCGAAUUCUACCACCGGUUGGGCCCGGACCACUUCCUCCUGCUCUACCAGAAGAAGGGGCAGUGGUAUGAGAUCUACGACAGGUACCAAGUGGUACAGACCCUAGACUGCUUGCGCUACUGGAAGAUGAUGCACAAGAGCCCCGGUCAGAUCCAUGUGGUACAGAGACACACACCUUCUGAGGAGACCCUAGCUUUCCAGAAGCAGCUUACCUCCCUGAUUGGCUACGACGUCACGGACGUCAGCAACGUGCACGAUGAUGAGCUAGAGUUCACCCGCCGCCGUCUGGUCACGCCUCGCAUGGCAGAGGUGGCUGGCCGUGAUGCCAGACUCUAUGCUAUGCACCCUUGGGUGACAUCCAAACCUCUCCCAGACUACCUGUCAAGGAAGAUUGCCAACAAUUGCAUCUUCAUCGUCAUCCAUCGGAGCACCACCAGUCAAACCAUCAAGGUCUCCGCGGAUGAUACCCCUGGCGCCAUCCUCCAGAGCUUCUUCACCAAGAUGGCCAAGAAGAAGUCCCUAUUAAAUAUCCCAGAAAGUCAGAGUGAGCAGGACUUUGUGCUGCGGGUCUGUGGCCGCGAUGAGUACCUGGUAGGCGAAACGCCCCUUAAAAACUUCCAGUGGGUGAGACAAUGCCUUAAGAACGGAGAUGAAAUACACCUGGUGCUCGACACGCCUCCAGACCCAGCCCUAGAUGAGGUGAGGAAGGAAGAAUGGCCACUGGUGGAUGACUGUACUGGAGUCACAGGCUACCAUGAGCAGCUCACCAUCCACGGCAAGGACCACGAGAGUGUGUUCACGGUGUCUUUGUGGGACUGUGACCGAAAGUUCAGGGUCAAGAUUAGAGGCAUUGACAUCCCUGUCCUGCCCCGGAACACCGACCUCACUGUGUUUGUAGAAGCUAACAUCCAACACGGACAACAAGUCCUUUGCCAAAGGCGAACCAGCCCUAAGCCCUUCACGGAGGAAGUGCUCUGGAAUGUGUGGUUGGAAUUCGGCAUCAAAAUCAAAGACUUGCCCAAAGGGGCCCUGUUAAACCUUCAGAUCUACUGCUGCAAAACGCCAGCACUGUCCAGCAAAGCUUCUGCAGAGACGCCAGGCUCGGAGUCCAAGAGCAAAGCCCAGCUUCUCUAUUAUGUGAACUUACUGUUAAUAGACCACCGGUUCCUGCUCCGCCAUGGUGACUAUGUCCUCCACAUGUGGCAGAUAUCUGGGAAGGCAGAGGAACAAGGCAGCUUCAAUGCUGACAAGCUCACGUCUGCGACCAACCCUGACAAGGAGAACUCAAUGUCCAUCUCUAUCCUGCUGGACAACUACUGUCACCCCAUAGCCCUGCCUAAGCAUCAGCCCACCCCUGACCCGGAAGGAGAUAGGGUCCGAGCUGAAAUGCCCAAUCAGCUUCGCAAGCAACUGGAGGCGAUCAUAGCCACCGAUCCACUUAACCCCCUCACAGCGGAGGACAAGGAGCUGCUGUGGCAUUUUAGAUACGAAAGCCUGAAGCAUCCAAAGGCAUACCCUAAGCUCUUCAGUUCCGUGAAGUGGGGACAGCAAGAAAUUGUGGCCAAAACAUACCAGCUGUUAGCCAGAAGGGAAGUGUGGGAUCAAAGUGCUUUGGACGUUGGUUUGACCAUGCAGCUCCUGGACUGCAAUUUUUCCGAUGAAAAUGUAAGAGCCAUUGCAGUUCAGAAGCUGGAGAGCCUGGAGGACGAUGAUGUUUUGCAUUACCUUCUCCAGCUGGUGCAGGCUGUGAAAUUUGAACCAUAUCAUGACAGCGCUCUGGCCCGAUUCCUGCUGAAGCGCGGUUUGAGAAACAAAAGAAUCGGCCACUUCUUGUUCUGGUUCUUGCGAAGUGAGAUAGCCCAGUCCAGACACUAUCAGCAGAGGUUCGCCGUGAUCCUGGAAGCAUACCUGCGGGGCUGCGGCAUGGCCAUGCUUCAGGACUUCACGCAGCAGGUCCACGUGAUCGAGAUGUUACAAAAAGUGACCAUUGAUAUCAAAUCGCUCUCUGCUGAGAAGUAUGAUGUCAGCUCCCAAGUUAUUUCACAGCUCAAGCAAAAGCUUGAGAGCCUGCAGAGUUCCAGUCUUCCCAAGAGCUUCAGAGUUCCCUACGACCCUGGACUGAAAGCCGGUGCCCUGGUGAUUGAAAAAUGCAAAGUGAUGGCCUCUAAGAAGAAGCCCCUGUGGCUCGAGUUUAAAUGUGCUGACCCUACAGUCCUGUCCAAUGAAACCAUCGGGAUCAUCUUCAAACAUGGCGAUGAUCUUCGGCAAGACAUGCUGAUCUUACAGAUUCUACGCAUCAUGGAGUCCAUUUGGGAGACUGAAUCUCUGGACCUGUGCCUUCUGCCAUAUGGCUGCAUCUCAACUGGUGACAAAAUAGGAAUGAUCGAGAUUGUGAAGGAUGCCACCACAAUCGCUCAAAUUCAGCAAAGCACAGUGGGUAACACAGGAGCAUUCAAAGAUGAAGUCCUGAAUCACUGGCUCAAGGAAAAAUGCCCUAUUGAAGAGAAGUUUCAGGCAGCAGUGGAGAGGUUUGUUUACUCCUGUGCUGGCUACUGUGUGGCGACGUUUGUUCUCGGGAUAGGUGACAGACACAACGACAACAUUAUGAUCUCAGAGACAGGAAACCUAUUUCACAUAGACUUUGGACACAUUCUUGGGAAUUAUAAAAGUUUCCUGGGCAUUAAUAAAGAGAGAGUGCCAUUUGUCCUAACCCCAGACUUCCUGUUUGUGAUGGGAACCUCUGGAAAGAAGACAAGCCCACACUUCCAGAAAUUUCAGGAUGUCUGUGUCAGGGCUUAUCUGGCUCUUCGCCAUCACACCAACCUGCUGAUCAUCCUGUUCUCCAUGAUGCUGAUGACAGGAAUGCCCCAGUUAACAAGCAAAGAAGACAUUGAGUAUAUCCGAGAUGCCCUCACGGUGGGGAAGAACGAGGAGGAUGCUAAGAAGUAUUUCCUCGACCAGAUUGAAGUUUGCAGAGACAAAGGAUGGACGGUGCAGUUUAACUGGUUCCUACAUCUCGUUCUUGGCAUCAAACAAGGAGAGAAACACUCUGCUUAAUAUUCGGUGCUAGAGCCAAAAGCAAUCUUGUGUUCGAAAGCUUUGAAAUCAGCACGUGUCAGUCAUCAGACUUAGCUUUAAAAUGCAAUAGGACACUCUGAACGCUGGCCCUUCAGAAAUACAGUUUUUUCCCCAGUUGAACUCUUCACCAGAGGAAAAAAACGUUGGCAUUAAUGAUGGUUUGGUUAAUAUUCAGCGAGAGACUUCUUUGCUAUUUUCCCCUCUCAGACACCAUAAUGUUGAUGAGCACUCUAAGUUUAAAUAGACUGAUGGCUUGUUUACUACACCUGAUCUUGUAUUGAGUGUCUCUGGAGGUUCUUUCGUAGAAUAAUUGGUGAUACCUGCUGUCACUAUAUGUGUUUACUAUACGUUCUGGCUUUCGUGUGGCCUUUAAGAACAGGAAAGGGUGUAAGCAUUGCUAAGCUCCGCUGCAUCUCUCUGUGCCCACAGACAUUGGUGAUGUGCUGGAAGCAAGCACGGUAGCCUUUUGAGCGCCUUUAUCAAUUAGUCUCUCUGUGUGCAGCUGAGAUGCACAGAUGCUGAAAGCAAUCUCUGAGCCUGAGCCUUGACCCUCCCCUGCUGGUGUGGCUCCAGGGUUAUGGAUAUGAAAAAUGGAGGUAAGACCUUUUCCCAAGAGUGAAUAACCUAAUACAGUCGCUGUCAUUGUCUCUGGCACAGAAACAGGAAGUGACUAAAUGGACCCUUUGAUGCACAUUGAUCGUGUUUCUUACCCCACCUCCCUUCUUCCUGCCUCGCCACCUCCUGCACACAUUCUUGGACUUGUGAAAUCUUCAAGGACAGUUUUUCCCAACAAUUCAAAAUGACUUGAAAGGCUUAUGAGAAUUAUAGGUACUUAUUUGUGGAGCUGCUCCAUGGAGUUUUUAAAAAGUAUCUUAUUAUAAGAUGGGUUCCAGAAAAUAUUAUUAGCUAAAUGCUUUAAUAUUAUUACAUUUUCAAUCUGAACAGUUUUUUAUCUUUUAAUGGAAGAAGAUACCUUCUGUCAAAUGUAUUCUUGCAUAGUCAUUUUUUUUAAUUAGAGACAUCCUGAGGUUCCUACAGACAAUUGAACCAUUUUCCUUUAUUUUCUCAUUUCUUAAAUGUUAUGUUAUUUGUUAUUAGUGUUGAUCUACUAUAGAGACAGAGUAGUAAAUAUUUAAUCAUAUAGUUUUACCCAUCAUUAAUUCCACAGAAAGAACUGUGUUAUUGGUGUUCAGAUUUAAAUAUAAUCAGAUACAAUUUUUAUGAUUUUUUAAUUUUUCAAAAUAGACUCUUAGAUGGAGCCCAACCUUUCUUUUGUGUCUGCAGAAGCCAAGUAUCACCUGAUUCUGCUUCAAUAAGAAUCAUCCGGGACACUUUAAAAAUGCCCUUACCUUUUUUGUUUGUUUGUUUGUUUGUUUUGGUUUUCAAGACAGGGUUUCUCUGUAGCUUUGGAGCCUGUCCUGGAACUAGCUCUUCUAGAACAGGCUGGCCUCGAACUCAAAGAGAUCCACUUGCCUCUGCCUCCUGAGUGCUGGGAUUAAAGGCAUGCGGCACCACUGCCCGGUGCCCUUGCAUUUUUAAAUCAGCCCACUUUCAGUAGAUUAUAAUUUCAUUAGUGUGAAAUGAUCUGGACAUAGUUUCUAAGUACUCCAGUUGAAUCUAAUAUACAUGCAGGGAAGAAGCCACAUGUGGGCCAUGAAAAUCUAGGUAUCCCUCCUUGCUUACUGGACCUUCCGUGGCUCAUAGAGAGCUACAAAAAUAGUCCUCAUUCCUAGCAACUAACCCUUUUAAAACAAUGCUGUCUCCUCUACAAAGGGCCAGGCCUCAUGCUGCAAUUGUAUCCUUCCUAUGAAUGGAGAUUAGAUGUUUUACAGCACUUCCUUACACGGUUUGCUAAUGUAUUAGAUGUUUUACAGCGCUUCCUUACACGGUUUGCUAAUGUAUUAGAUGUUUUACGGCACUUCCUUACCACAGUUUGCUAAUGGAAGUGGAGGAAGAGCCAUGCAGUCCACCUUCAACUGGAAGCCGUUCCUAAGCUUCCAAAGAAGAGCCAUGCAGACUUUGCACAGACUUUGCCUUUCAUUUGAAUUGCUGAAAUGAUCAUCUCGAUGAUAAAACAAUUACAAAGUAUAUCUGUAUUUAGUUUUUGACACACAUGCAUACAAAUUAGUUCUUUAAAUGAGCCAGCUUCUUCAUAAAGCUGAAAUACACGACGCCACGUACUGGGUUUCAUUCUUCCGCUUUCCAAAGAAGGUCGACUUGCAGACAAGCAAAAUUCACAUGUUUGCUUCCUUUACAUAGUUCUUGCAAAUGAUCUGUUUCUACACCUUUGAAAAUAGACCUGGGGCCCUCCUUCUGCUGGGUAAAUAACUGAUGUCUCUAUCUUCAGUGCUCAGUGAAAACACAUAUCACAGGUCAGAUGGGUCAGAAAAGGCCAGAAAGACAUUAUGGAUAAAAUAUAUCAACUAGAAAAAAAGAAAAAAAAAACCUCUUGAUUUGCAAACAAAUUAAGUAUAGUAAGUAUAUUGUUGUUUUAUUUUUAUUAGUUCUUUGAGAAUAGUGUACAAUGAGUUUUGGCCGUAUUCAGCCAAUCCCCUGUCUUCUCCCAGAUUCACCCACUUCCCUACCUACCAAACUUGUGUCUUUUUUUUUCUCUCCCGGCCAUGGCAGCACUCCUAAAGAGAGCAAACUCUUUCUCUCCCAGCACCUCUCAAUUGCCUGUAGUUCCUGACUAGGGGCUUAUCCAGCUCCCCUCUCCAGCUUCCUCUCCCAGCACCUCUCAAUUGCCAAUGGUUCCUGGCGAGGGGCGGGACUUCGUAGCCAGCUCCCCUCUCCGUGCUUUCAUGGGGCUUGUCCUAACUGCUUCAAGUUCACGCGUGCAGCCGGCCGGUGUGUCCAGAGGACGUUGUUUUCCUGCAUUCGUUUACCACCUCUGUCUCUUACAGUCUCUCCGGUCCCUCUUCGUAUGAUCACUGAGCCUGAAGGAGAUGGUAGGGUAUAGAUGGUCCAUUCAAGGCUGAAUAUUCUGCAGCCUCUUGUUCUCCACUCCACGCCAUUUGUGAGUCUCAGUGGUAACCAUCAUCGACUGCAAACAGAUACCUUCUGACAUGGGUUGAAAGGUAUACUGAUCUGUGGGUAUGGCAACAAGUCAUUAAGGGUCAGCCAUGGGAGUUCCGUAGCAUGAUUUGGAAGCUGUUAGUCCUAUAUCAAUGGUAAUUGAUUAUAUUUUUAUAUAAAUAAGAAAAUACAUUUCUGAAAUUACAAUUAUUGUCUUUUGUAGGGUAGAUUCUGUUUUCCAUAACAGUUAUGGAAAGUUGUGUUUUCCAUUGGCAGUUAUGUUUAACAGUAUGAAAAAAAUAAAAUAAGCUAGAAUUUCUUAAAGAUUCUGUUGGCUGAUUUCCAAUUUUAUCCAACCUAAUAAUUCUGGUGAACACAUUCAGUUCUACUCUUGGUGAUUCUUCACAUGUUUUCAAAGGCUCAUUUCAGGACAGAUGCCAGGGAAUUCUACAGCACUUGCGUGGCUAGCCCUAUCUGGCAGCUAAGAUGGUCUCUUGUAUUUUAAUUACAAGUGUUAAUUUAAAUAAAAAAAAUGUUUAAACUUCCAAA